AUGGACACCACCGCCGUUCUAGAAAAGUAUGCACAGGACCUGCUGAAUCUACCGCUAGAGGUCAAGCAUCUCUUUGAGGAACUCAAAACCAAAGAUGCACAGCUCGCAGAGGCAAGAAAGAGAUAUCAAACCAAAGACUCUCAAAUCCACAAGUUUAUACGCGCCAAUGGAACUCUCACGAAGCAUCCGAAAGAGCAGCAGAUCUACCAGAAGAUUGAGGAGGACAUGAAGCUUGUGCAGAAGAUCCAGAAAGAGAAGAUUCUAUUAGCAAACACUGCGCUUUUUCUAGUAUCCAAACAUAUGUAUAACUUUGAGGUCGACAUCCAAAAAUUGGAGAGAGAUGACCUCCUUGCGCCUUUAGAUGAAGACGCAUUUGACGAAUCAGUUGACGAUAUGAGUGCUACGCCACGGACGACACCAGACCCCGUUAAGAAAAAGCGUACAUAUCAGGUUAUGAAACAGAGAUAUAAGAGACCCAAAAGCGAGGACUUCGAUGAUUACGGUAUGGAAGACACAUUAUCUUCGGGAAUUUCAUCCAGACACCAAUCUACGGGUGUUGGAAAUCCUGUUGGAUCCAGACCUUCGGGUAAUGACGAUGCAGACAACAACUUGUACUGUUUCUGCCAGCGAGUGUCGUUCGGAGAGAUGAUUGGAUGCGACAACGACGACUGUAAAUUUGAAUGGUUCCAUUGGUCUUGUGUGGGAAUCACGAGCCCACCAAAGGAUGACGAAGUGUGGUAUUGUCCUGAUUGUGCUCCUAAAAUGGAGAAGAGAAAGAAGCGAAAAAAGUAG